AAAUUUUAACGGUUGAAAAUUAUUCAAAUGUACAAGUUGUUAUCGAAUGUGACGAUAAUUUCGGUAUUUCAGUUGAAAUUUCAAAACUGUAAAAAACCAAAAUUGUCGCCAGAUUCGACAACAACUUGUACAUUUAAAAAAGUAAACAAAAAAUUUUAUAAAUUAAAGAACGAACAAAAUGAUAAAUAUUGGACCAGAAACAGAUAGUGAAGAUGAACUUCCUCCAUCUUGGGAAGAAAGAGUGACAAAUGAUGGGAAUGUUUAUUAUUUAAAUCAUCCAAUGAAAUUGACUCAAUGGACACACCCACGAACAAAUAAAAUGAAGAGAGUACACGGAGAUCUUCCUUUUGGCUGGGAAAAGAGAGUUGAAGAUGAUGGGCGAAUUUUGUUUAUUAAUGCACAAAAAAAUAUUCAAUCGUUCACCGAUCCCAGACUUGCUUUUGCAGUUGAAGAACAAUCACAAGGAAGUCAUAUUAGACAACGUUUUGAUGCUUCAUCAACAGCGUUUUCGGUGCUGCAUGGAAAAGAUUUAACUGGAAGAGUUGCAUUAAUAUCCGGAUGCAAUUCCGGCAUUGGUCUUGAAACUGCCCGAUCGUUAGCUUUCUAUGGAUGCGAAAUAAUAUUUGCUUGUCGUAAUCGAAAAUCUUCUAAUGAAGCAAUCGAUGAAUUAUUAAAAGAACGAAAAGACCUGAGACUGCACUUCAUGAGUGUAGAUUUAUCUGAUCUUCGGUCAUGUCGGAAGUUCUGUGAAGAUGUGAAAUUGAAAUACAAACGAAUUGACUUUUUGAUUCUUAACGCUGGCGUUUUUGCAUUACCACAUAGUCUGACUCAAGACGGGAUUGAAACAACAUUCCAAGUGUCACAUUUAUCACAUUUCUACAUCACAUUACAACUUGCUGAUCGAUUAAAUCACGAGUCACGAGUUAUUGUAAUUUCAUCUGAAAGCCAUCGAUUCGCAACGUUGCCAACAUCAGGAUUGACAAGAGAUCAAUUAAGUCCACCGUACUCAAAAUAUUGGAGCAUGAUUCAAUAUAAUAAUUCCAAACUUUGCAAUGUUCUCUUCGCACAUGAACUUUCACGACGAUGGCAAUCGAGAGGGAUCAGCGUUUUCGUGCUUCAUCCAGGCAACAUGGUGUCAACAAGUUUACCAAGAAAUUGGUGGUUUUAUCGAUUUCUCUUCGCUCUCGUUCGACCCUUCACGAAAUCAUUACAACAAGCUGCCAGCACCACAAUUUACUGUGCUACUGCACCCGAACUUACAGGGUUGACUGGAGUUUACUUCAACAAUUGCUACAUUUGUCAACCUUCGAAACUUUCACAAAACGAGACAUUAGCGAAGGAACUUUGGCGUUUAAGUCAAGAAAUGAUUGGCGAAAUCUUUGAAUCUUAUGGAAAGUUUUUUUAUUUCAGUUUUUCUAAUAUGUUAAAGAAAUCUUCAAUAAUUCUUGUGACUCUGUUGAUAUUAAUUAGAAUAACUUAUGGUAAAAGAGGGCCUCAUCAUCCUCGCGGUGAAUAUAUUGUGAAGCGAGAAACAAAAAAACAAGAAUUCACUGAACAUUUGAGUCAUGAUGCUGAACACAUCGAAGAAGAUUUAACAGGAAUGCAUGUUCAUCAUAAAGAUGUUGCAGAGAUGACUGAAGAAGAGAAAAGCUUUUACUACUUUAAGAUUCACGACACUGAUAACAACGAUAAUCUCGAUGGCCUGGAAAUGAUUAAAGCAGCGAUGCACCGUCAUGGCAAUUUUGAGAUGCAAGACGAGUUGAAUCAUGUAACAAUGGUUGUUGACGAGUUCCUUGACUUUGCAGAUCUCAACAAAGAUGGCUUUCUUAAUUACGCUGAAUACAUCAAAGCAAUGAACUCAAGUCAAGAUGAAAGUCCACCAUUGUCAUCAACAAAUGAAGAAAGUUCAGAAAAUCAGUUGAAUUAGAUAAAAAUUCAUUUAAAAUAAUUAAAGUUGUAAAUUAAGUGAAGGUAAAGUCAGGAUUUGACAAUAAAAUGGAAGAUUUUACAG